CCUCCGCGCCCGCGGCGGCCCGGCCGCGUCGCAAGAUGGCGGCGGACAGUGAACCCGAGUCGGAGGUGUUUGAAAUCACGGACUUCACCACUGCCUCCGAGUGGGAGAGAUUUAUUUCAAAAGUUGAAGAAGUAUUGAAUGACUGGAAACUUAUUGGGGUUUCUUCAGGCAAACCUCUAGAAAAGGGUAUAUACACCACAGGGACAUGGGAAGAGAAAUCAGAUGAAAUUUCAUUUGCGGACUUCAAAUUCUCAGUUACCCAUCAUUAUCUUGUACAAGAACCCAGUGACAAAGAUGGGAAAGAAGAGCUGGCAGAAGAUGCCCUUCCCCUGCCAAUGCAGGACUUGCUGUGCAUGAACAAUGACUUCCCCCCUCGAGCUCACUGCCUGGUGAGAUGGUAUGGCUUACGGGAGUUUGUGGUGAUUGCUCCUGCUGCAAAUAAUGAGGCCGUUGUGAGUGAAUCCAAGUGUAACCUUUUGCUGAGUUCCAUUUCCAUUGCACUGGGGAACACUGGCUGUCAGGUACCACUGUUCGUGCAGAUACACCAGAAAUGGCGCCGGAUGUAUGUUGGGGAAUGUCAGGGCCCGGGGGUCCGGACUGACUUCGAAAUGGUCCAUCUGCGCAAGGUGCCCAGCCAGUACACUCACUUAUCAGGGCUGCUGGAGAUCUUCAAAACCAAGAUUGGGUGCCCUCUAACACCACUGCCUCCCGUUAGCAUGGCUAUCCGGCUCACCUACGUGCUCCAGGACUGGCAGCAGUACUUCUGGCCUCAGCAGCCACCAGAUAUAGAUGCCCUAGUUGGAGGAGAAGUUGGAGGCCUUGAAUUUGGGAAGUUGCCAUUUGGUGCCUGUGAGGAUCCUAUUAGUGAACUCCAUUUAGCUACUACCUGGCCCCACCUGGCAGAGGGCAUAAUUGUGGACAAUGAUGUGUAUUCUGACCUGGAUCCUAUGCAAGCCCCGCAAUGGUCUGUGAGAGUCAGAAAAGCAGAUAACCCUCAGUGUCUACUGGGUGACUUCCUUACGGAAUUCUUCAAGCUUUGCCGUCGGAAGGAGUCGACUGAUGAGAUCCUUGGGAGGUCUGCAUUUGAAGAGGAAGGAAAAGAGGUUGCUGACAUUACCCAUGCCUUGUCCAAGCUCACAGAGCCAGCACCAGUCCCAAUCCAUAAAUUAUCAGUCACAAAUAUGGUUCACAGUGCAAAGAAAAAAAUCCGCAAGCACAGAGGUGUGGAUGAGUCGCCUUUAAACAAUGAUGUGCUGAACACCAUUCUUCUGUUCUUGUUUCCUGAUGCUGCUGACAAACUUGCAGAUGGAUUUGAAAGCAGAGCCAACACUUCAGCAGGAAACAAUCCUCCUCCAGAGAAUGAAGAUUACAAUCUCUUCAGUCAGUUUAAAUCUGCUCCCUCUGACAGUCUGACCUACAAAUUAGCUUUGUGUCUUUGUAUGAUAAACUUCUACCAUGGAGGAGUAAAAGGGGUGGCACAUCUUUGGCAAGAGUUUGUGUUGGAAAUGCGCUACAGAUGGGAGAACAACUACCUCAUUCCAGGAUUAGCUAAUGGCUCUCCAGAUCUGAGAUGUUGUUUACUGCAUCAGAAACUCCAGAUGUUAAAUUGUUGCAUUGAAAGGAAGAAAGCAAGAGAUGAGGGGAAAAGGGGGAGCGUGUCUGAUCGUUCACCUGGGGCUUCUGGUGAUGGUGCAAAAGGAGCAGAACACUCUGCAGAUAACCCUGAUAAGGAAAAGGAAUUUGGCAAGUCUUGGGAAUCAUGGAGUGACAGUGAAGAUGAAUUUUUUGAAUGUCUAAGUGACACAGAAGACCUCAAAGGAAAUGGACAGGAAAAUGGAAAGAAAGGAGGAGCAAAAGAAGGCAACAAAGAGCCUGUGAACCUAAAACCAGAAGGUCGUCUGCAUCCCCACGGGAAGCUGAUGCUGCUGCAUCCUGGAGAGCCUCUCUACGUUCCCAUAACACAGGAACCAGCACCCAUGACUGAGGAUUUGCUGGAGGAGCAGUCUGAGGUGCUGGCAAAGCUGGGAACCUCAGCAGAAGGCGCUCACCUCCGGGCACGGAUGCAGAGCGCCUGUCUGCUCUCAGACAUGGAGUCUUUUAAGGCAGCGAAUCCUGGCUGUUGCCUGGAGGACUUUGUGAGGUGGUACUCCCCUCGGGAUUACAUCGAAGAGGAGGUGGUGGAUGAGAAGGGGAAUAAAAUCAUCAAGGGUGAGCUGAGCGCCCGGAUGAAGAUUCCCAGCAACAUGUGGGUGGAGGCCUGGGAGACGGCAAAGCCCAUCCCUGCACGGAGGCAGAAGAGACUCUUCGAUGACACCAGGGAGGCAGAGAAGGUGCUUCAUUACCUUGCAGUUCAGAAACCAGCUGACCUUGCAAGGCACCUCCUGCCUUGCAUCAUCCAUGCAGCUGUACUCAAGGUAAAGGAUGAAGAAGCACUAGAAGAUAUCUCUUCAGUCAAGAAGAUAAUCAAGCAGAUAAUAUCUCAUUCCAGCAAAGUACUACGGUUCCCCAAUCCAGAGGACAAGAAGUUGGAAGAGAUCAUCGCUCAGAUUAUGAGUGUGGAAGCGAUCAUUGCCAGGGCAAGGUCUCUGAAAGCAAAAUUUGGGGUAGAGAAAUGUGAAAAUGAGGAGGAGAAAGAAGAUCUACAAAGAUUUGUAAACUGUCUCCUGGAGCAGCCCGAGGUGUCAGUUGUGGGUGCAGGAAGAGGACCUGCUGGCAGCAUCAUUCACAAGCUGUUUGUGAAUGCUCAGAGGCUGACUGAAUCUUCUGAUGAGGUUUCGGCGGUGCCGCCGCUGGAGGAGGAGCUGCGGCGCUCGGGCUGUGCGGAGGAGCGCAGGCAGGGGGUGCAGUCGGAGUUCCCUCCGCCCACGGGCCGGGAGGUGAUCCUGCGCUCGGCCGUGCCCCGGCCCGCGCCCUACUCCAAGGCGCUGCCGCAGCGCAUGUACAGCGUCCUCACCAGGGAGGAUUUCCGCCUGGCGGGGGCCUUCUCCGCCGACACCACCUUCUUCUAAGCCACCGGCCCCGACCAUCUUCCGUGUCCUCACAGCAGCGCGGGGCUCACGUCCCGCGGGGAGGGGAGGAAUGCUGCAGAUGGACCGGCUGUGCUGAGGAGACACCGCGUGCACCAUUCCCAAGGACUGGGGUUGGCAGCCUUGAGGGAUGUCCGCAGCAACUCACCUUGGAGGUUUGGAACGGCUUCACAAGUAGUUUCAGUCAGAUCUUCGGGAAAGAAAACGUAGCAACCUCCUUUCUGCCCAAAGGGAGAAUCUUUUCUGUUCUUUGCAUUAGCUUGGUUAAUUAUGGACGUGAAUGGGCUGUGUGCAAAUAUUAAUGUUGAAAUUCCUACAGAAUGUGCUGCUCCACAUUUCUGGAUCAAACUUCAUCAAGUGACAUUAGUCUAACUAAAUUGAUAUAGAAACAUAAGUAAUUUAUAUUUAUUGCUAAUCAUAAUUACAGAGCCCAGUAUGUUUUGGUUAAUCACUAAAUUUCAAGUACUUCUAAAAUAUCCUUAUUUUUAUUUAAAGUAUACAGUACACUCUAGUUCAUGCCAAGCCCUCCUGGCAUUGCAGUCAUUGUCCAAAAAGAUCUUGUCCCUUCUCCCAAAUAGAAAUAAUGACAUUUGGGGCUAGAACUGGACAGUGAGACUGAGAGCUGGCACUGAUGGUUUGGGGUACUUUAUCCCCUUCCCUGGUGCAAGGGCCAAAGCUGUGUGAAAUGACAGCUGCAGAGGUGUUUCACUGUGAGCAACUUGCUGGUAUUUCCAGAGGCUGUUUGCCUGCCCCGUGUCUUUGCUGUGAGGAUGGAACAUUCUGUCACCUGCUGGCCCCUCACCCCACUGGUACCAUCAGACACCGACGUGUUCGUGCCAAUGUUGCUUCACAGUGACCUUCAUGUGUUUUAUGAGAAUCAGCAAAAAAUCAGCACCACCUUACACAAUGAAAUGUACAAACAGCUACAGUAUUGUGGACAUUACUCAAUAAAUACAAAUUUAUUAUUGGC